AUGGCAAAUCCUCACGAUUAUAACGCCAUCAGAAACGCAAUCAGUCUGUAUUGCAUAGCGCUGGAUACAAAAGACUGGCCUUUGCUCGAAAAGGUGUUCACUAAGGAUGUGUUUGCACAAUACCCGUUCAACGAUGAGCCCAUUCUCGGAGUCGAUGCUCUUUCAAAAAGGAUUCAGCAGCGAUUGAAGCCGGUGACUACCCAGCACGCUUUGACAACUCAGCAUCUCAUCAUCGCACCUUCUUCCUCAUCACCAACGGCAAAAGCAACGACCUAUUUCACAGGCGUCCAUCUGGGCAGAGGCAAAUGGGAAGGCCAGCAAGUUACUGCAUAUGGAAAGUAUGUGGAUGAGCUUGUGUGCAUAGAAGGAGAUGCGGUAGAGACGGAGGCAGGUGCAACUGGAAUUUGGGAAAUAAGCAAACGUACUGUGAUGUUCUUUGGGAGAGUUGGCGAGGAAGGCGUUAUGACAGAUGAAGAGUAG